AUGAGCGGCAAGACGGUCGAGACGGUGGCGACUGCGGCUGCGCUCAUUGCAAAGUGUAUCGAGGGCGAUGAGCUGGCUGUCAAGAAGAUCUUGCUCUCGAGGCCGGAUCUGGUCAAUGUGUGUGCAACCAAUCCUCGGCUGUAUGGAUCCUUUCCGCUUCACUUUGCUGCUCAGAAGGGUCGCAGCGCUGUUGUUGCCGCCUUGCUCGAGCGUGGUGCGGAUGUCCAUGCCGUCAACGAGCUCGGCAAGACCGCCCUUCACUUUGCCGCUGCCGAGGCCGGAUCGGUUGAUGCGUGCAAGGCACUCAUUGCCGCGGGCGCAGUGGUCGACGAGCGGACCGGCGACGCCGCGGGAGAGACCGCCGCACACAUCGCCGCCAAGGUCGGCAACAGCCCGGUCCUCGACCUGCUGCGUGCCUCGUUUGCCGACGUCACGCUCACCAACGGCUCGGGCCAAUCGGUCCUCGACGUCGAGCGGGUGUGGCGGAUGGAGCGCGGCUACGCCACGCCCAGCUCGCUCUGGUUCACUGCUCUCGAGCAGGGUGAGCUCGCCACCGUCGCAGGUAUGCUCUACUCGGGCGAGGUUCACAUCGAGGCGCGGAUGGAGGACUUUUUCCACGAUGUCACCGGCCUGCUCUUUGUCUCGCUUCUUCUUCGCGACGCUGGGCCCGAGGCCCGUCUGCUCAUCGCCGAAGGCGCCAACGUCAACGCCACCGACGAGCGCGGGCGAACGCCGAUCAUGUACGCCACCCAGCUUGGCAACGUUGCGGUUGUCGAGGCGCUACUUGCCACCGGCGCCGUCGCCAUCAAUGCCCAGGAUGAUGCCGGUGCCACCGCUCUCCACCUGGGCUUUUACUACUUUCUCGUUCCAUCCAUCGCCCGCGCUCUCCUCGCCGCCGGUGCCGACCCACACAUCAUGUCACAAGGUGCCGCACGGACUACCCCGCUUGAGCUUGCCUUUGAUCGCGCUGUGGCCAACGUUGGCUCCGAUGGCUCAUACGAUGAGCUCUGGACCCACGGCGUCGAGCUCCGCGCUGCUUUCGUCCCGUACCAGGCCGAAACACCGAGCUACGAGCGGGCGCUCCUUCUCGGGUCACACUCGGGCGACGCUAGCGUCGCAGCUGCCGUUGGCGCCCGCGCCGCCCGCGCUGCCGUCUUUUGCAUCACCUUGCUGGGCAUGGCACUGAGCCUGCCCGCACUGCUGCUCGGCGCGGUCUUUUCGCCGCGCGGCCUCACUGCGCCGCUCUCGACCUCGCUCGAAGAGCUCUUUCUCACCCAGGCCUCACAGAUCAUGGCUCCGGUGUUUGGCCUCCUCGUCGCUGGCGGCCUCCUCUAUGGCGUGACCGUUAUGCCGGCACUCGCCGAAGGCACUUCGGCCGGCUCGGCGCUCCUCGCCACCUACCUUGUCCUCGGCCUCUUUGCCGUCCUCGGCCUCAUCUUUGGCGGCGCACUCUGCGUGCAGAUUGCCCGCGACACGACGUUGCGCAUGGUCGAGCGCCCGUCGCAGAGCCUCCGGUUCAACGCCAUGAACGUGUUCACGCUCUCGCUCAUUGCGCUGCAGUUUGUCCAGCUCUGGGGUCUAACCUACGUCGACGGCGUGGUGUUUCCGGCGACAGCUUCGGUCGAGUCGACGCUGCGAUCGGUCUCGCUCGGCUCGGUCCUCGUCUCGUCCUCAUCGGACGCGCGGACAGCGUUUGAGGCAGCGUUCCUCGCUGCGUUCUCGGCCAUUCUGCUGUGGACACUGGCGUCGGCGAACCUGGCGCUAGGCCUCGUCGCCGACUACUCGCUGCAUCUCACCGCGCUCUUCCCGAGCCUCGGCUCGGGCUCGGUCGUCGACUACUACCUGCUCGACGUCAUCAUCCCGCUGCUCUCGUCAGGCGGCUUUCUCCCGUUUGUCCUUGCCCUCCUCCGCGCGCUCAAGUGCACCAAGGUUGCACUCCCGCCAGCUCCGGGCCCGUUUGCCACCUCAGAGCAUGUGUUUGUCCUUGACGCGGCGCCGUCGGUCACCUGCUACGCCGGCGAUCACACAUGGUAUACUGCGGCAUCGCUCGUCGGCCUCCUCUACUACAUACCUUCGGCGCUGCUGCUUGGCGUCAUCUUCUUGCGCAGCUACGCCGCGACGACCGACGGGCCGAGCUCGCCGCAGGCAUCGGGCAUAGCAGCGUUCUUCUCGGGCGGGCUCGAUGUCAAGUACGCACCCGUCUUCUCCCUCAUCGAGCUCCCCGCACGCGCCCUGGUCGGCGCAGUGCGGAUCUUCUACACAGGGCCGCCGGGAGUGUAUCUGGCGGUGGUAGGCGCAGUGUACGCGGCGCUCCUUGUCGCCACGCUCAUCAUCAAGCCGUUCCGCGAUGCCAACGACCGUGACGCCGACUCGGGUCCGGUUUCCAUCCGCGGUGUCGCUGCCCGGGUCCUCCCGGCCUCGCGUGGCUCGCUGACAAGCACCUCGUUUGGCGGCAUGCUCAACCGAGCGCUGGCCGGUCUGUACGCCAUCGUCCUCUUCAAGACUGCCGUCAAUGCGUGGGCUUCUCGCGUAUCGACCGCGGCCAACCCACAGUGGGCGCCGCUUGUAGUCGAAUACGUUGUGCUUGUGAUCGGCGUCUCGGUCUUUGUCGGGAUCGAGGUGUGGCGGCGGGUGAAGGCGAGGCGGACGGCGGCCGAGGCCGCGGCCGAGGCCGAGGCCGAGGCAGCAGCCGGGACAAGCACGCGGGCAACGCGGGCGUACAUUGACAUCUAUGGCCACUCGCCGAUUGUGCGAGCCGGCGGCGGCGCCGAGACGCCGUUUGUGCGGAUGCGGGCGCCGGCGCUGGCGGACGAGACUGACGACGACUUUGCAGCCCGGGCUGGUGGUGCGCUCAUGUCGAGCUCGUUUGACGAGGACGCGGCCCUGACGCGUCGUCUAGAGCUGGUCCGGCUCCCGUCGCAGGGCGGGCGGCUGGAAGACGCCGAGUUUAUGGCCAUGCAGCAAGUGCUCCAAGAGCAGCUCUCGGUGGCGCAACAAGAGCGCGACCGGGCGAGGGCCAAGCUGGAGCGGGCGCGGGUCGAGGUGGCACGGCUGCGCGAGGCGGCGGCAGCGAGCGAGGCGACGGCGGCAGAGCUCACUGCCGAGGUGGCGCUCUACCGUGACGACGGGCUGCGGAAGCAGCUGGCGUCGACCCGCCAGACGCUGGUCCAGGUCGGCCAGGACUACGAGGAGCUGCGGGUCGAGUUGGAGCGGGCAUACGCCGAGGUCGACACCCUGCAAGCUCAGGUUGACGCGCUCUCGACCAUUGCCGACCUCGGCAAGGAACGCGGGCGCGACGACGGCGUACUGUACCACGACGACGAGGUGGCCGCCGCGCUGGAGGAUGCCAAAAUGCGAAUCGGCGCGCUGGAGACGCUGCUCGAAGCGAGCCUGGCCGAGCGCGACGAGCUCGGCCGCACCGGUGACGAGCUCGAAGAGCAGCUGGUCCAGGUCAAGCUUCGGCUGGCGCAGAACGAUGCGCCAGCUCGAGGCACGGGUCGCCGAGCUGGAGGCGCUGGUGGCUUCGGGCUUUGA